AUGGCUACACUGCACUUCACCAAGCAACACACCCUAAAAAUGAAAGUCGACGUGCAGCCGUUGGUUGUCGUACAAGCUAAUGUACAGGGUUGGGGCUACAUUGAGGUACAGGGUUGGGGCUACAUUGAGGUACAGGGUUGGGGCUACAUUGAGGUACAGGGUUGGGGCUACAUUGAGGUACAGGACUGGGGCUACAUUGAGGUACAGGGUUGGGGCUACAUUGAGGUACACGGUUGGGGCUACAUUGAGGUACAGGAUUGGGGCUACAUUGAAGUACAGGGUUGGGGCUACAUUGAGGUACAGGGUUGGGGCUACAUUGAGGUACAGGAUUGGAGCUACAUUGAGGUACAGGGUUGGGGCUACAUUGAGGUACAGGGUUGGGGCUACAUUCAGGUACAGGGUUGGGGCUACAUUGAGGUACAGGGUUGGGGCUACAUUGAGGUACAGGAUUGGGGCUACAUUGAGGUACAGGGUUGGGGCUACAUUGAGGUACAGGGUUGGAGCUACAUUGAGGUACAGGGUUGGGGCUACAUUGAGGUACAGGAUUGGGGCUACAUUGAGGUACAGGGUUGGGGCUACAUUGAGGUACAGGAUUGGAGCUACAUUGAGGUACAGGGUUGGGGCUACAUUGAGGUACAGGGUUGGGGCUACAUUGAGGUACAGAAUUGGGGCUACAUUGAGGUACAGGGUUGGGGCUACAUUGAGGUACAGGGUUGGGGCUACAUUGAGGUACAGGAUUGGGGCUACAUUGAGGUACAGGAUUGGGGCUACAUUGAGGUACAGGAUUGGGGCUACAUUGAGGUACAGGAUUGGAGCUACAUUGAGGUACAGGGUUGGGGCUACAUUGAGGUACAGGGUUGGGGCUACAUUGAGGUACAGGAUUGGGGCUACAUUGAGGUACAGGGUUGGGGCUACAUUGAGGUACACGGUUGGGGCUACAUUGAGGUACAGGAUUGGGGCUACAUUUAG